AUGGUCAGAUGCUUUCGGCUCAAAGUAGAAUGCAACCCUUCUCCUACCGUCCGCAGGAGUGGCUCGAGACCCAACGGCUCUCAAGCUGCUCGUCUGGAGCAGAAGUUAGACGGGCUCGUUUCAUUAUUAAAAGCUCGCCAGGGUAGCCUUGAACCCGAAGAAACUGCUUCGUCAUCAGGGUCCUUUAUAUCAGCUCUCUCUCGCGCUUCAGUGCCUGCAGAUCGUGGGUCGCAUGCACAACCGCUUGUUGGUGAUCUUGAUGUAGCAACCACAGAUCAUGGCAACAAGUAUCCAAAUGAUCCAUCAGGAAGCUGGGGCCUAUUCCCACAGAGCCUUUCCAGGGCUCUCAAUCCAUCGUCUCAUGAUGCCAAACAACGUUUCAAAGCAUUCUAUAACCAUUAUACUGAAUUUCUCCCUCUUCUAUAUUUCGAGAAGGGGUCGACCUCUGAAGCGCUAUACCGAGAGUCGCCAUUUCUCUGGCUAUGUAUAAUGGCUGUGACAUCUACAGAUGCCAAAGAACAGAGCAGUCUAGCAAAGACAGUCCGAGAGGUUGCCGCUCGUGAGCACUUCAUCGAACUAUUUUGGUUUACCGCUAAUGGCAAACCCAGCGUUGCAACGUUUCAAACAGUUGGGGAGAGUUUGGCCUGGUCACCAUACCUUGAAGAGUGUCUGAAAAUGAUACAAUGCUCUAGAGGUGUUCGAGGAGACGAACUGCUGGUGCAAAUGAUCAAGCUUCAGCGCAUAACGAGCAUGGUCACUGAUGUUCGUAUACAACUAAGAGAUACCGACAGCGAACAAAGUACGCGUCUUAUCCAUCCAUACAUAUUUUCUCUCAACACUCAAUUAUCCGAGACGAGAAAGCAAUUACCCCUGCACCUGGCCACGAAUACGAAACGCGCCAUGGACAUUAUGUUCAACUUCAAACCAACCGAGUAUACAUACUUCCCCUUCUUUCUGUGGAGGCAAUUCCGAACCGUAAUUUUGACCCUCAUUCGACUCGCAUCCUUCGAAGAUCCGGCAUGGGACGUGAAUAUGAUUCGACGAACUGUAGACAUUGCGUCUAUUCUUGACAGGACUGCUCAGAACCUGAGCAAUGUACAAACCAACGUUGAUGAUGGCAUUACUGACCACGAAAACGUGGUUUCGAAAUCACUGGCCUGGGUGAAAAGAAUGAGGUCUUGCUUACUCGCAGUUUAUGGCCAGUCAACAGAUGCCCAGGCCCCAACCUCUGAAAUACAGAGCUCAAUGGGCAUACCAGGUGUGGAAACGCUGCUACCCAGGCAGCCAUCCCAGGAAGAAGCUUCAACCAUAGACAUAUUCUCAUCACUCGAUAAUGAACUCUUUGGAGACGAUGUCUUUGAGUGGUGGCCACCCUUAUAUUCGGGGAAUGGGCUAUAA